UCCCGCUCUCGAGUUGUUCUUCACGACUAGAACAAGAGUUUCUUUUUUUUCUUCCGGACUAGAACAAGAGUAGUAACUUAAAAACAUCCAUCUACUUCCACCCGCAACAUCAUGGGUGUCUUCUCCCAAACGCGUGGAGAUGCGGAGGGCAUCCGCAUUACAGGAGAUCCUACUGUCGUUCGCGAUGAAGACUUCUUCUACAACAAGAUGGUCGCAGAACGGCAAAAGAUCAAGUUAGCGAUCGAUAGGAAAAAGAAACGAAGCGAAGACCUGACAAAGAAAAGAGAGGAAGGCUUUCAGGUACUACCGGUUUAGUCUGUCAGGUAAGACUAUCUAUACUUAGUCUUCAGGUAAGAGUACGUGUGUUUAUGACAUUUCCCUAGGAAUACUAUGGUCAAAAUUUUCCAUCCCGAAUCUGUAGCAUGCAUGCAAAACGCGACACAUCAUUAUCUUGAGUCAUUCGAAUUCGAAUUCAAACAGUAUCAUGGAGCCUUACUACUGAUUCUUAUUCAAUCAUUAUCAUUGCUGCUGUUGCUGAUAACGCAGCAACUUCAUCAAAACUUGCACUUGUUCAGACACACAUCAACGGAGCCAAUGAAGAGCGAUUGCAAUUCCGAAGACUCCAAUCUCAAGUAGAGACACGUCCCUCACGAGUCCGUGGCCUCGCGCCAAUAGUUGGGAGUUGUAAAGUGCUUACUCCUGCUCCCGCCAAUGGCUCUCAUCUCGGGCUUGGGAGAGGACAUCAGCAGGCUGCAUCUUCAUCGUCUUCGAGUACCGGAUUGGCGCUAGGCCCGAACCCAAUGAGUGUUGAGUCUGCUUUCACGGGUAGUACAACUGGAGGAGAAUCAGAAGUAUUAGGUGGAUUUAGUCCACCAACUACAGCAUCUUCGGACAAAAAUCCUAGUAACUACUUUGAAGGUGUUCUUCCAAUAAUGCAACAAGCGAACGAUCUUCCUGGUGGACUCGGACCAGUAUCUCUAAGUGCGUUAGGAGCAGGAGCAUCUUCAUCGUCUUCUGCUGCACCAGUGAAUAAAUGGGGUGUAGGAGGCCAUGGCAACAACAACAACCGUGGUUGGCAGAAGGAGACCAUCGAGCUGCGUGCGGAAGAUGGCAGAGUGAUAAAACUCUCACCAACUGGGGAAGUUGUUGUGGAACAAGAAAAUGAGAGUUCUAGUUGUUGUACUCGUCAGGAGUCUCAGGAGCUACAAGGACAGGAUCAGGGACAAGACGAAGCUGACGAUGCACUGGGAGACAAGAACGUGGUAGAGGUCUUGACUAUGCUAGAAACCGCACCACGGGAAGCGCUGGAGAAAGUCAGGGAAAGUCUGCGUGCCAGUAAGGAGGUGUCAAGAGCUGACUUGCGUGCAGCUGUAAGGCCACCAGCGAUGGGUAUCGAGAGCAAGAGUGAAGGCAUCGCCACCUCUUCUUUGCAAAGCACCGCGGUUGAAGUGAAUGCACUUCAUCUUGUAGGAGGACCACCAGAACCCUCUGCGAUUCAUCCAUCGCCGUCCGCUAGUCCGACUAUUGCCGCUAGUGCAGGGAUAAAGCUACAUGAUGUGCCGAUUCUUCGGACGUCGACAGAACAAAUUAUCAAGUCUUCGCUGCAGCACAGGAGUCUGGAGAUGUUGAAUACUAAUCCCUUUGCUAGUGCCGGUGCCGCGACACCAGCAUCUGCGAGUUCAUCUUCUAGCAGUAGUACAGGUGUUCCAUCGAUGAAUCUUGCGACAGCGAUGGCGGCAGAAAACUUUGCGUUCGCAGAUGAACAGAGGCCGAGAAGUAGUCGUCAAGUCGUGUCGAAGUUGCCGACUACUGAGGAAGCGGCGCAAGCUUACCGACCACCGUCGGCACUAGGGAGCAGGCGGACGCCUCGGGAGACGGUAGAGGAUGACUUGUCUAGACAAGGUGGAGAUCAACCUGUGCUGUUGAACCCUGAGCUUUUUCCGCCAACUGCUGCAGGAGCGUCUUCAACCACCAUUCCAGCAACAGGAAUAGAGCAAGUAUUUUCAGCAUCUUCUUUGAGAAGUAACAGUACAACUACUGGUCAAGAAGCAGCCCCCUAUCGGUCCCUUCCAGUCUCUCGCUCCAGCAGUCGUGCGCGUUCCUUGAGCAGGCAAGUCGAACAUCUAGUCGAGCGCGUCGCCGAUUUAGAUGGUCCAAGACAGCGGGCACUAGAGAGGUUGCUUGACUGCUGGGACGAAAAUUGCGCAGUGAUAGAACAGCGCUGGGACUGGAGAGAAGGAGAGCACCAACAGGAUGAAAAGGCUGUUGUUGUGGGACGAGGAAUUGCGAUCCUACCAAGGGAUUCAUCAACUUCAUCUUCCAAGAAAGAUGAGGAAGAUAGCACGAUUCUGGGAACCGUUCCCCAGGUCCACCAGCACGGCUGCUGCUAUAGUAAGAAAGGAGGAGACUCGUCAGCGCGCGGUGGUGGGAGUCGGGGUGGAAGUAAGAGAGGCAGUGGAGAAUUCGCUGACGGUGUAGUCCCAGGUGCAACCGACGCUGGAGCAACCAGUGGCGCCGGCGCUAGAGGCGGUAGCGGUCCUGGUGGUGGAGGUGGGAAUAACAAUGGUGGUUCGAAUAGUGGCCAAACAGAAGGAGAGCAAGGGAAUACGCAGAUGGGCCUUGUUGAAUCCGGCGGUCGUGCAGAAGAGCGCGCGCACAUCACAGUGCACGUCUUGCGAAACCAUGGCGCUCCACAUGAAGUCGAGAUUGCAUCCCUCACUGUCAUAGACAAGCAAGGGAAUCAACUACCAGUUGUUCCGACGACGAUUAGUUGUAGUGGUCUGACUAGCGGGGGAAACAACGUCCACAAGCUGUUUUCUAACAACUCUGGAGAACAAGGAGGUGGGAAAACAACAGCAAGUGGAGGUUCGAGACCGUCGUCAAAAUCUUCCUCAUCUUCCAAACCGUCCUCCAGACCUUCUUCACGGCAAAUGUCCGCAUCGGGACGCCCAUCGAAAGGCUUUGCCCCCACUACCGCGUGGAAAUGCAAGACAGCGAGUGCAGAUGGCGAAUUUUUGCUGAAUUUUGAAGUGAAUAUGGCAGCCGGAAGAGGAGCGUCCACGACAAAGAGAGCCGCAGAUCAUGGGGACGAGCCCGAACUCGAGGUUCAUGCAGUGCAGAUGUGGAAUGGGGCUGGAAAGCGGUCUGUGCGCGACAUAGAAGUCACUGCGCAGUGGGCCUCUGCAAUUGAGCGACUACCUGGCGUCAGCGACUUCCUAGUCAGCAAAAGCAAGAAGAUAAGGGAGUUGCCGAUGACAAUGAAGAAGAAAAAAGCGGGAGAAGGGAGUUAUGGCCCAGAUUCGAUGUAAAAACUUUCCAGAUUCGAUGUAGCUUUUUCUACUACAGUUCGUUGCGGAAUUAUUUCCUCUAACAAGGUCCAUCAACCGCAAAAUCCCCAAACCGCGGUGCAAGCGACGCAGCAGCUUACACACUCCUCGUUUUCGAUGGCAAUGAAGACGAUGAUGCGCUUCCUAGCGCAAGCGUGGCGAGUUCGGCUGCGGGCGUGGCAGCUUCUUCCGGUAGCGGAGAUCAACAGCCAGGUGUGGACGAGUCUGCAGGUAACGCAAGUCGUGGUCCUUCGAGAGGAGGAGCGCCUUCAACAGAGAGACAUAAUCUAGGCUUAGGUGCAACCACCACAGAGAGUGCUGAAGAUGCCUCGAAGCCCGUUUGGCUGUUGUCGCCGUUAGAAAUAGGCUUGCGUGGUCCACCUGUUGUGACAGCAGAUUAUGUUGACCCAGAUUCGCCUACAUUGCCUAGAGGGGAUAGAGAUACCAUGGAAUUCCCAUCUUCUGGACCCGGAUUAGGAGGUUCUAAAUGUCGUGGUACUACUAUAGAAGCAGAAACAUCACGGGAGGUUUCCACUAGUAGACAAGGAACAGCUUUUGCUGAACAGGCGCAACAAGGAGGUCGUCCAUCAGCGUCCAGUAACACAACGGACUUUAUUUUAGGAGGGGUAGUCUUACCCGGAGGAAGCGACCAGACCCAGAGAGAGAACACUAAAGGGACACAUGAAACGGCAUCGCCCUCGAUGCCAGCAAAGAAAAGAAAGAAGCGCAACCGGAAUCAAAAACUCAUGGAUAGUUUUGAUGCUUUAGAGAAGUUUUCAACUUCUGCUAGCAGACGUUUCUUUGAUCAAACAGGCUCUUCAUUUGGAGGCGAUCUCCAAAGUUCUGGCACAGGCAGUCCGACGCUGACUACUCUUACAUCCGGAUCUCCUGGUGCUGGUAAAGCUAAAGGAGCCGAUAACAACUAUGAGUUCAGUUUUGAUGCGAUAGAGCAAGCUAGUAAUGCCGGAGGUGAUUUGGAGAAGGAUUUAGAAGUGGCGUUCGCUACGAAUUUGGACUCUGGAAUAAGCGGAGCACAAGGAGGUCAGCCUUCUGGCGCGCCAGCUACUUCCACCACAUCCCAACCACGGAAGCGAAGAUCUAUCGCUGCGACUGAUUCCCAAAACGCCACCACUACUGAUAGUAAGAACACGCAUAGCAAUAGCUCUUCGGAUACGGAGUUCCAGCAUGUUGAGGCGGCAAAAGCAGAGGCUACUAUUAGGGGUUGGAAGUUGACCGCUCAAGAUCUGUUAGCAUAUUUAUGUAAGUAUGACCUUUUCAUUUUCAAGCAGGAGUAUGACCUUUUCAGUCUCUACGGGCACUACGGACAGUGUCAUCAGAGGCACAUACAUGACAGGGGAGUCAUGGAUAUGCGACCCAGCUCGGUCAACUUGCAGCCCCUAAUACAACUAGUCCUGGCCAGUACAAGAACGCACAAUUGAACAGCAUUUUGAAUGCGAAUGACGGUCAACCGGGUUUGACGAUUGAGGGCAACACAGCGGCGACCUCAUUGCAGGAGGUGAUCAACUUCUCGCACGCCAGCGCAGCGGUGAUGAGCGAGAUGCUUCUGCGCGACGACGCGCGAACGAGAGGGCAGUCACUAUUGUCGUCACCUGAACUGAUGAGCAAGUGGGGAUUGAAUGUUAUGGAACAACGGUUGUCGUCACCUGAACUGAUGAGCAAGUGGGGAUUGAAUGUUAUGGAACAACGGGGGGGGGUACCUGAACUGAUGAGCAAGUGGGGAUUGAAUGUUACGGAACAACGGGGGGGUACCUGAACUGAUGAGCAAGUGGGGAUUGAAUGUUAUGGAACCCCCACUUCGUUGGUGGUCCACCUUCGCCAAGCUACUUCCAACGGUCCACCUUCGCCAAGCUACUUCCACUGUUAUAGUCGAUCCACCACUACGGGUCUGAUGUGUCUAACUUUUUCAAACAACGAAGAUCACAAGGUCUCCUGUCAAGGUUCGAUGUUGAUAAAGCAAGUGAAUGAAUCAAAUGAUCUGUCCACAUGAACACUUCUAACCCCCACCACGACAUGUUUACAAUGCCAGUUUUGCCCCGCGGCCGACGACUAUUGUUCAACCUGGUCACUACGUGGGGAGAUUCCGACUUCGUCGGACUAGCUGGCAUCGAAAUAUUUGGCGAAGACGGUCGAUUGAUCCACUUGCGCAACGUCCAUACACAAGUAAAAGCGGAUCCAGCAAGUAUCAAUGCUCUUCCGAACGGAGAAAACGAUCCACGGACGGUGGAUAA